GAUACAGACAUGAUGAAGUUUGUUGUUUUUGCUCUCUUUGUUGUUGGUGCCUACGGGUGCGGCCUGCCCACCUUCCCCCCUGUGGUGACCAGGGUGGUUGGAGGAGAGGAUGUCAGGGCUCACAGCUGGCCCUGGCAGAUUUCCCUGCAGUACAACAGGCAGGGUGAAUGGAGACACACCUGUGGAGGUACUCUGAUCUCUAACCAGUGGGUCCUCACUGCUGCUCACUGCAUCAGCAGUGGCAGGGAGUACAGAGUGGCCAUGGGAAAGCACAACCUGAUUGAGACAGAGGGGGGUGUUGUGUUCAUGGGCACCGCUAACAUUGUUGUGCAUGAGAAGUGGAACGCCUUGUUCAUCCGUAAUGACAUUGCCCUGAUCAAGCUAGAGUCCCCCGUCACCUUCUCCGACAGCAUCAUGGCUGCUUGUCUCCCUUCUGCUGGCUUCCUCCUCCCCCACAACGAGCCCUGCUACGUCACUGGAUGGGGCCGCAUCUCCACCGGAGGUCCCAUUGCUGACAUCCUGCAGCAGGCCCUCCUGCCCGUGGUGGACCACGCCACCUGCACCAAGCGAGACUGGUGGGGUUCUAUGGUGAAGGAUACCAUGGUCUGUGCCGGGGGAGAUGGAGUUGUGUCUGGCUGCAACGGUGACUCUGGCGGCCCUCUGAACUGCCAGAAGACUGAUGGUGCCUGGGAGGUUCACGGCAUCGUCAGCUUUGGCUCCGGGCUCAGCUGCAAUUUCCCCAAGAAGCCCACUGUCUUCACCCAAGUCAGCUCCUACAUCGACUGGAUCAGCUCUACAAUGGUGGCCUAUUGAGUGAACGGGCUCAUGGGAUCAAUGCACAUAUCAAAUAAAUAAAAUGUGGAACUGCAAA